AUGGCGUCGUCACCAAUAACCUCCGAAUGGCGCAACACAAGCGAUCAUAACGUCACGGAGACGGCCUUUGAUGCUGUCAAAUGUAAACUCUCCGCAGUGACGCUUGGCUACUUCCAGGACCCAUUCCUGCGCUUUUUCGUACAUAAGCCUACACGGCGCAUCCCUCUGGUCCAUCGUGGUUACUAUCUGCGGCACUUAGGUGUUACCCGCUGCGUUGAUCUUUUUCUUUCGCAGUAUGUAGCAUCGCCUCGAGUGAACAUCGUAUCGUUGGGAGCUGGCUUUGACACGCUAUUCUUUCGUCUAGUAGACCAGCGGAAAUUUUUAGGAACCCUCUACUUCACAGAGGUUGACUGUGACGCUAUUGUGAGUGCUAAGACAAAGCUGUUGAACGACUCAGACGUACAAGCAGGUCUAUUCCCGAAAGAUAUGGACAACUUAAUUGUUACAUCUUCUUCUGCUGAUUGCGAGAUAGCAUGGCAAUGUCGAGUGCCGUCUGGUUCGUAUUCGCUCAUUGCUUGCGAUCUGGGAGAUAUCCAAAGGUUGAAUGCUGCGCUGAAUACUGCUGGUGCCGACCGAAGUCUGCCGACGUUGAUGCUUGGUGAGUGUCUUCUGUCGUAUUUGGCACCAGAAAAGGGUACAAUGCUGCUUCAGUGGCUUGGUGAGGCUUUUUCAAGCGGCUCCAUUGCGCUGUAUGACCCGAUCAGACUUCAAACAAGCGAGGAUGACGACAGCGAGAAAGCAGUCUCUGCAAGCACGCGACCUAAGAGACAGUCUGAUGCUUUUAGCUCGACACUUCAGCGAUACUUUGCCGUGAAAGGAUGUACGCUUCGUGGUGUGCAAGGAUACCAGACAGCAGCUGAUCACUGCCGUCGUCUAUUAGCAUGUGCAUAUUGGAAAAAAUGCUGCAUUCUUGACAUGAACGGAGUGUUUGCGGCUUGCACGACUGCGGAGGAGAAACACAGGUUAGCAUUGUUGGAACCUUUUGAUGAGUAUGCCGAUUGGACGAUGUGCAACGCCCAUUACGCGAUCUACCUUGCAGGUAAUUGCAAGAACCAAGAUAAGGACGGGUUAGAGUGGACCAGUUGUUUUGUGCCCCGCGUACAACAGCAUAGAUACCUCCUGACGGGAUGCGUUACGCCACAACGGGAGGGGUUGUCCGAAACGGUAAUCAUUCGAUCAUUUCAGCGCGAUGACUUGGUUACUGUGCGCUCACUCUUUGAAAGUACUCACCUUGAUUUGCCGAAGAGAUCACGUGCUGUGUGUCAGUUCGUUGCGAAUCGUCUUCGUGGCCCUAGUGGAGACAUGUUUGACGUAUACCAAGCUUUUCAAACACCCAAUAGUGCUGGCAUUCUAGCAAGUGGCUUUUGGGUAGCUGAAGUAGGCGGCGUGGUCGUGGGGUGCGCUGGCUUGAAGCCUCUGACGAUAUCAAGUCAUCAGGUAAACCAUGAAGAAGAGAGGCACAGUGCAGAACUCUGUCGACUAUGUGUUGCUCCUGCAUUUCGACGCUGUGGUGUGGCUUCGGCUUUGGUGCGAGCCGUUGAGGAUUUUGCCAUAUCAUGUGGUGCUUUUAACGAGAUUUGUCUUGACACCAUUGAAGUCAUGGAAGCUGCUCAGCAUCUGUAUCGAGCUCUUGGGUACGUUGAGCAGCCAGAGAGUAUGAAGCAGCACAGCUCGUUCAAGCUUGUGCGUUUCCAGAAAACGCUUUAA